AUGUUUCGCUUUGCUUUUGUGCUGGCGAUUUCAAGCGCCCAGCCCUGGCCACCGUGUCCACAACGUGGCUGCUUGCCAUGUCCAGACUUUUCGGAUGGUCGGCCAAAUUGCACUUGUUUGGAGGGCUACAGCCUCAAUGGCUCCUCUUUGGGUGGAGACCGCGUCGGCCUGGAAUGGGACACAGUUCAAGGUUGGCUUGGGUCUUGCCAGCCGGUGAUUUGCGGCCAAGUACAGGGUCCAGCGUAUGCUCAGGCCUUGCAGGACAUUCCAGUCAGCAGAUUUGGUGACAUGAUUCAAUAUGCCUGCAAUGUGGGCUAUGAAGUUGAAGGUUAUGGAAGCUUGGGCCAGUGGCAAGUGACUUUUGCACCUUCCACUGGGCCUCCAGGCGUCCCAGCACAGCGCUUGGUGCGAUUGCGCUGCUCUGCUCAAGGGACCUUUGAGAAUCUCACUGGACAACGUUGUGUGCCUGUGUGUGGAGAUGGAAUGCUUGUUGACGUUGAUCACUUGCCACAAGAUGACCAGAGCGAACAGUGCGAUGAUGGCAACCGCAACACAGGCGAUGGCUGCGAUGGCCAAUGCCACGUGGAAAGUGGAUUCAUAUGUGUGGCUGGAAGCGCUACACAACCUGACAGGUGCAGCUUGGCAAAUGCGUGGGCAGAGAGUUCCAUCGUCGUCUCCCUGAAAGGUGCACGUGAGACCAAUGAAGAUGAAGUUGCCCUUGCAACUUCUGUGGUCUUGGCUGAGGUCUUCCAAUGUCCACAACGAGACGUGGAGAUUCGAGAAGUUGUUGCAUCUUCUUCUAAUGAAUCAUUAGAUGGGGAGACAUCGUUCUAUGACUCUAUGCAGGCAAUGCAGGUGACUUUCCGCAUCAAGAUCUCCAACUCACAGGUGCUGUCCUUGAACCAGAUCGAGGCAGCUAUGGCAAACUAUCGCCGCUUUGCCCCGAAGGUCGUUGCAACUUACCUGGAGCACUCAAGCCUAAAGGAUUUCCACAUCAUGGUCGUUGAGGUGCAGCCACCAAUUCUUGAAGGGGAAGAGCCCAAGGUUGAGGUCAUGGACUUCAAUGAUUAUGUGGCCUUGGUUGCAACGAUCGGGGUCUCUUUGUCAUGCUACUUUUGCAUCAUUGGCGUGGUUGGUCCAGCUAUUUUUUGGUGCCUCUUUGUCAAUCGGCGGCCACAUCGCUUGCAAGGCCAUUUGCAGUACAUCUCUCCACAUGAUAAGAGUGGUUGGGUCGUUGGUCUGUGCGAUUGGUACAAAUCUUCAAAGGCAACCUGCUGCUCUCUUGUAUGUUUCCUGCCAGCACGUCUCGCAUACACCUGGGACACGGUCGGCAUACUGCCUUACUGGAGAGGCGUUCGGCAAGCAUUGAUGUGCUGCGGAUUGUAUCUUGUGGGAUGUUGGCCAUGUGGCGCUUUCAUUGCUGGCCAGCGCCGGAGUGACUUGAAAGAAUUUCUGGGCUUCGGAGAUGGUGUCAAGAGCAACAUUGAGAUUGAGGACGUGUGCUACUACAUUCUUUGCCCUUUGUGCAGUGUUGUCCAAGAGGCCGCCCACGUGGACAGAGUGUUUUCAGCUGUGGCUCGCCGUGUGAAAGCCGAGGCAGAGAAGGCGAAGAAAAGACUUGAGGAGAUUGGAGUUGAAGAAGACGAUGAUGAGGAAAUGCAGGCAGAGGCCCCAACUCUGCAAGCCAUGUUCGAUGAGGGCUUCAAUGCCGCGCUUGAUACUGCGGUGGGUGCGUUGGACUGA